AUGCAGAGUGAUGUCUUAAACGAUCAACAACAACAAUUGCCAAGCGAAAUUGAUUGUUCAACUUCAUUAUCGACAACAGUAAUUUAUUCUGGUUUAAAAUUGCAACCAAAACCACUUCUACCUACAAUAUCUAUGUCAAGUAUGGCAAGUCCAGUAUCGAUUGUUAAAAAAUUAUCGCUUCCUGAUACUCACCCAGAUCAUAUGAAUAAAAAUCUUAGUUCAUCCAUUAGACAUUCACAAACAUCUACACCUUCAUCCUCGAUUCGUUUAGUAACACCAACAACAGGUAAAUCAUCACCACCAACAGCAUUACAAUUUCAAUUUCUUGACAAACCUUCAGCAACAAACGGUGGUUUUACAACAUCAAAAACUUACAUAUUUAAUCCUCAACAAACGAAUACAACAGGAACAUCAUCAUCUUUGGUUACAUUAAUUCCACCAGGUACCACAUCACCUAAGAUUCAAACAUUAAUAUCAUCAACAAAUGAUUUCACAACUAAUAAUGACCAUACUAAUAUAAAGCAACCAACAUUUUUAUCGAAAAAUCGUGUAACACUCGUUCAACCGAUAAUAACAAAUUCAUCAUCAUCUUCAUCAUCAUCAACAACAACAAAUACUGUUACACCAAAAUUAGUUAUUCAACAGAAUUCAUCAUCAAAUAUUUGGUCACAACAACCCACAACAAAAAUUCUUUCAGCUAAAAUGCUUUCACGUCCAGUUCAUUUAAUAUCUUCAAGUGAACAUUCAAAUCUAUCGACAUCAAAUGAUCAUCCAAUUUUUACGACAAAACAUUUAGAUUCUGGACACCAAGCGUUCAUUCAUAUGUCUCUAUUACCAUCACCUUCAAGUACUGAAUCAAUAAAUUCAGUUCAAUUAACAAAUUUUUAUUCAACACCACCAUCAGUUCGAAUAUCAACAACCACAACACAACGUUCGAUGGAUUAUAAUAAUAAUCAUUCAGUAACAACACCAAUUAUUCGUGAAAUACAAACUGAUGAAAAACUUAAUAAUUCAGCAAUCAUGAGAAAUAUUCAACAUAACAAAAAUUCUAUUAAAAAUCGCACACGUCUUCCAUUACAACCGUCAACACAGCAAAUUUCAUCCAUUUUACCACCAACAAAAAAACAUAAAUUACCUGAAGAUGAGCAAGUUUCUUCAUCAGAACCACCCAAUAAAAUUGCACAUUAUGAACAGUUUGAUUUAUCAUCAAAUAGAAAAAACGUUCGUAAAUGUCGACAUAAAUCAUUAUCGAAAAUUUCACUUGAAAAUACGACACCAAAUCCUCCGCCGCCUCCUCCUCCUGCUUUGACUUCAUCGAUUAGUAUUGAAACAAGCGAAAGAAUCAUAUCAAAAAAACGUUCAUCAGCUGAAUUAGCAGCAGCAGCAAUACUUUUAAGUAGUCCAAUACGAAAAAAAAGAAUGCAAAGAAAAAACUCCGAUGAAGCUUUAUCUAAUAAUCAUAAUCAUAAUAAUAAUAAUAAUAAUAAUAAUAAUAAUAAUAAUAAUAAUAUCAAACAAGAAUUACUAUCAAUAGAUGAAUCAUCGAUUGAUACUAUUAAUGAUGAAUUACUUAAAAGACUCUCGCAAGAUUUUGUCUAUGUUGAUAAACAAACAGGUAUUCGUUGGAUUGGUACAAAGAGUCGUUCAAAACCAAUGAAUACGCUGUUAUCACGUUUUUCAUGGAAGCCGAAAAUAAAUCAUUAUGAAAGAUAUUCUGAUAUUAUUCGAAUGAAUCCUAAACGAGCUGUACCUAUCAAAAGUCUUGAUACAAUACGAAAAAAAUUAACACAACCAUGGGGAUCAUGGCGUAUUGAUCGAUUAACAACAUAUAUUACUGAUCUGACAGAGGAUGAACAAACGUCACAGAAUAAUUUAUCAGAUAUAGCUCAAUUAUUAGAUGAACUUAAUAUAAAUGAUCAUUCAAUACGAAAUACAAUUAAAGAUUUACUAGAAUGUAAUGUUCAACGACAUCGAUAUUUUUAUGAUCAAUUAGCACAAAUAUCUACCAUACUUAUUAAUCUACUUGAUCAUGGAAAUACUUUACGAGAAAUAUGUUCGACUUCAAAAAUAAUAACAACACCCAUAUUAAUAACAACUUUAACACCAACAGCAGGAGCAGCAACGACAACAACAACUAGAAAAAUUAAAGACCGAUAG